UUAUAAUCACUGAAUUGAGAACGAGUUUGUCAUGCCUUUAUAAGCCUCCAAUACCUCCUGGAAUUUACCCUUCCUUUUGUUUUUGGUGAUUCAACAUGGCAGUAAUGGCAAAGGUUGUUGUUUUGGUUCUCAUUGCUAGUUUCAGUAGGCCUAAUGUCAUUUGUUUUCCAAAGAGGGAAGCUGCCCAUGAGGUUGAUGUUUCAACAACACCGUCUCCCAACAAUCAGACCCAAACUGAAGCUGUGGGUGGUGCAAGUGAAGAUGUUGAAGCAGGCACUCCAGCACCAAUUCCCCACAAUCAGACUGCUACUGCACAGCCUGAUGUGACGGAUGGGCCAAGUGAAGAUCAUGUGGUAACUGCGACCUCAAGUCCCCAAAACCAGACAACACCUGCUGCCCAAACUGAAAAUGCUGAAACCGAUGGGCCAAGUGAAGAUCAUGUGGUAACUGCGACCUCAAGUCCCCAAAACCAGACAACACCUGCUGCCCAAACUGAAAAUGCUGAAACCGAUGGGCCAAGUGAAGAUCAUGUGGUAACUGCGACCUCAAGUCCCCAAAACCAGACAACACCUGCUGCCCAAACUGAAAAUGCUGAGUCACCAGAUGAACCAAGUGACGAUGCGGAGGUUGCCGCCACAACCCAAAAUGCCCAAAACCAGGCCACUUUGGCCCACACUGUAGGAACUGAUGGUCCAAGUGAGGAUGCUGUGUUAACCACUGUACUGAAUCUGCAAAAUGGGACUACCCCUGCCCAAGAUGUAACCACCAUUAUUGACUCCCACGAUGACGCCUGACGUGACUCAGAAUGCUAAUGCUUAAUGGAUUUCCUUGUCAUCUUGACUUUCUCCAUCUUGAAUUCAAUAAAUACCAUAUUUUCUUAUCAAA